GGGCGACAUCUAUUUUGCAUACGUAAACAGAUAAGUUUCUGGAAGUUGACAGGAAUGUAAGAAGGCAUGAUCCUUCUCGGUGAUACAAGGACUUUUGGUUUAUUCUUUUCAUAAAACUCACAGACUUUGAACUGAAAAACAAUCAUGAGCGCCACAGAUCUCAAAGAGCAGGGUAAUCGAUUGUUUGCAGUGCGCAAAUUCAAGGAUGCAGUGUCUUGCUACAGUAAAGCAAUUAUGAAAAGUCCUCAGGUUCCAACAUAUCACACAAACAGGGCAUUGUGUUACUUGAAGAUGAAGCAGUGGGAGUUAGCUAUACAAGAUUGCAAACAGGCUCUUGAACUGGAUUACAAUCUAGUUAAGGGACAUUUCUUCCAAGGACAGGCUCUGUUAGAACUCAAAGCUUUUGAAGAAUCCAUAGCUUGUCUGAAAAAAGCAAAUGACCUGGCCAAAGAACAGAAGUUGAAUUUUGGAGAUGAUAUUGCCAGUGCUUUAAGAGCUGCAAAGAAAAGACGAUGGAAUGCUAUUGAGGAGAAACGCAUCCAACAGGAAAUUGAGCUGCAAUCUUAUUUAAACAAACUCAUCACUGAUGAAAAGGAAAGACAAAUCCAAGCAGUCCGAGAAGUAGCUGGUGACUUAGAUUGUACAGAAGAAGAAGAAAGCAUAGAAACUGACCAUCAAAAAAGGCGCAGUGAACUGAAUGACCUUUUUGUACAGCUAGAUGAAAGAAGAAAGAAAAGAGAUGUUCCAGAUUACUUGUGUGGUCGCAUCAGUUUUGAAUUAAUGCGAGAUCCUGUGAUAACUCCUAGUGGUAUUACAUAUGAUAAAAAAGAUAUUGAGGAGCACUUACAGAGAGUUGGUCAUUUUGAUCCAGUAACACGGACAGAUCUUACACAGGACAUGCUUAUUCCAAAUCUUGCAAUGAAAGAAGUAAUAGAUCAUUAUUUAGAGACAAACCCUUGGGCUGAGGAUUACUAAAAUAAAUUCAUUUUAAUGUACAGAGGUUGCAGAGAUGUGCUGCACCCUAGUGACAGCAGUGGCUGUGAUGGAAUGUUACCUGUAGGGCAUUGAUAGCAUAUUGGCAAUGUUCUACUGCAGUUGACAUUUUACUGGUAUACUUGAACAACACCAAAAUAUUUAUCUCUUGCUAUUAAUGUACAGAGUCUUUGUUAGCCUUGAAAUGUGGAUUGUUUUACCCAGCAUUUUGGUCAUUGGUGACAUAGUAAUGUUUCUACAAAUUCUAGACAAUGUGAUUAUGUGCUUUGUUAGACGUGUUUUUAUGUGAAUAGUUGACAUUUAUUUGGAGAACACACUCAUUCAUUCUAGAUGCUAAAGCCAAAUUUCAGUGUUUGCUGGCAUACUGCUUAUUACUCAAAUACUGACAUGGUCUAUCAAAAGCUAGCAGUCUUUAGAAUGGGCAUCAUCUGGGAUUUUAAUUAACUUUUGCAUAUUAGUCAAUGUAAAUUCAAUCAAGUUUAUAAAAUCAAGGGGUCAGAAAUAAUGGCAAACUAGUUAGUUUGGUGCAGCAGUGAAUAAAAGCUGGCAGAAUUCAACCACUGAUAUUUUUUUGGUUGUUUUCUGCUAAAUUACGGUGUACGUAUUACACAAUAAAUUAGCCACAUUUUGUGUUACUUUUGUAUUGCUUUCAAAGCGAUAAGAAGACAUUCCCAGUGCAUUGUUUCACCCGCGUCAUCUAAAAGUGAGUCCCACUUCGGAUUCUCACACUUUUCUAAUCUUUUAUGAUGUCAUGCAUGCACACUGCCACCACCCUCCUUUCAAGCGAUCUCAAAUUCUGUCCAUAACAGUUAUCCUUGUAAUUAGGGCAAAAGAAUCUGUCUCUAACUGUCUUUGAAAUUUGUUUUAUUUUGACAUGUCUGCAUUUUUAUGCUAACACUGAUGUUAAGAAAAGUUCACUGGUCCUUUGAAAAGCAGUUCAUUAGCCAACCCCAAACCAUUUUUAAUUAUUCAUCUACACAUUUUGCUGAGACAGAAACAUGCUUGUAAGAAAUUGUAAGAAAGUACCAUUCACCUGUGGUCUGUAUAUAACCUGAACAUGUUUAAAAAAUCUUGUAUUACCAAUCACUGUGUAUUACAAUUACUGUUUAUGUAAAUAUAUGUGCUUACAAUUUAAAAUGUUUAUUUUUUAUUUAGGUGACAGAAAGGAAAGAAAUAAAACUCGAACUGAACAGCAGUUAAUAAUGAAAAAAUAACUUGCUGAGUUCCUUUGAAACAACGAGAACAAGCUUGAUGUCCUAAUUUCCCCACUAGAAUAAGAACCCAAAACUCAUCCCGUUUUACAAAAACCCUUGUUGCACCAUUUGAGGAUAUGUACAUAUAAGGCAAAUAUUAGUGAAAAGUAAACUGGAUCAUGAUAAUAUUUUAUUUAAAUAAAGCCAAUUGUCACUAGAGAAA